GUGACUUCUGCCUACGUCAUCACGCAGUGAUAGCAUACGCUCAACCAAACGAAGCACGUUUGUUUUUGGCGAAUGAGUCCUACUGAAGUUGCUGAAAGUCAAGUGUCUCCGUGCAGAAGCUUUUACUCUGUGCACAAACAAAGAAACAGGGAUUACCAAAAUGUCUUCUACUGAGCCCGUCAUCAGAUCGAGACAGACAGAGAAAGAAGUCAAUGGAAUUUCAACACAGGUCGUCUGUACAGAGUUCAGCAAUUACAUAUUCAUAGUUCUCACUCAGUAUGGUAAAAUGGGGACAUUGAUAUCUGUCACACCUGACUCCAGAUCUAAUGAUAUCAGCACCCCAACAUUCUCCACCAAAGUACUGCUGGGCAAAGACGAGCCACUGACGCACGUUUGUGCCAAAAACCUGGCAACUUUUGUGUCGAAAGAAGCCGGCAACAGGCCUGUCUUACUGGGACUGGCGCUUAAGGAUUCCUCCAUAGAUUCAAUAAAACAAAUGAAAGAGAUCAUAAAAAGUUGUCAAGUCUGGUAGAGGGUCAACAUAAUGGACAUGAAGCUUAAAGGCUUGGGAUAAUACAGGCGUAAAGAUGCUCCCAAUGUCACAUUUUUCUCCUGUGUAUUUUUAAACUGAAAUAUUUUGAGUAUUUUCUAAAUGCCAAUCUGUGAUUUAAAAAAAAAAAAAGGCUUGUGCUGUGAGACAAAAAUGUUUAAAUAAAAUUUGCAUUCACUCUGAUCUUUUUGAUUAGUUGAAACAGUAAAUAAUGUCUUCUGAAAAACAAUUUAGAUUGUAUCUGGUGCUUUCUGCAAGCCACUGCUCCUCAAAAACUGAAGAAUGUGCAAUAGCUUCAGUUUAAUGUAUUAACCUUACCUUUUUUGUUUGGUUGAAUUUGUUUGAAUUUAUUUUUGUAUGAAGAUAAUUAAGAAAUAAAACAGCUCCCUUCUAAAACAA